UUGGAAACAGGGAUUCACAGGGACGAGUUGGUGAUCCACGCAGGGACAUACGCUGGGGCACUUCUAGUGGAUGGACUUGGAGAUGGUGUAAUGCUAGAAGCACCUGAUCAAGACUUCGAGUUUCUUAGGAACACUUCUUUCAACUUGUUACAAGGCUGCAGGAUGCGUAACACCAAGACGGAAUACGUAUCGUGCCCGUCUUGUGGAAGAACUCUGUUCGACUUGCAAGAAAUCAGCGCUGAGAUCAGAGAAAAGACUUCGCAUUUGCCUGGCGUUUCGAUUGCAAUAAUGGGUUGCAUUGUGAAUGGACCUGGCGAAAUGGCUGAUGCUGAUUUCGGUUAUGUAGGCGGUUCUCCCGGGAAAAUCGACCUUUACGUUGGAAAGACGGUGGUGAAGCGUGGGAUUGCCAUGUCGGAGGCAACUGAUGCUCUGAUCGGUCUGAUCAAAGAACAUGAUCGUUGGGUCGACCCGCCGUGGCUGAUGAGUAGAUUCAGUGUUAGUGCCAAUGGCAAAGAUGGAUAAAUGGAUUAUUAUUUUCUGAAAACUUGAGAGAUAGAGAAGAAGAUAAUAUAUGUAUGUAUGUAUGUAUAUAUACAUAUACCUAUUUGUUGUCUAUUGCAUCAUAUUCAACAAUGGCCAAAUCUCUCAACUGAUGGUAGUUCUGAGGUUUAAAUAAUACAGCACAAGCAAGUUAGCAGAA